UUCCCCAUCUCUCUCCUCCUUACCUUUGUCUCUCUCUCUCUCUACUGAACCAAAAAAAAAAUCUUAUCUUUUUCUCUCACCUCUCCCACUAUAAUAUACGCUUUCACCUUCCUCAUUUACUCAUCCAAAAACCCACCAAAAAGGCGAAAUCCAAACUCCAUUUCCGUCACAAGAUCGAUGGACGUUAAAGCCAUAAAGCGAAAAGUUGUCGAGCAACUUGUCGAAGGCUACGAGUUCGCCACCCAGCUUCAGCUUCUCCUCUCUAAGAAGUCCUUCGACCUUCGCUCCCCCCACGACCAGACCCGACCCGGAUCGUUUCCGGGUCUGGGUCCGGGUCCGGCCGAUGAUCUCAUGCUCAAGAUCUUGGGUUCUUUCGACAAGACCAUCUCCGUCUUGGGCUCUUUCGAGCCUCUCUCUGUCCUCCCGGCCGUGGAGGGUUCCCGGAAUGCUUCUUCCGGCGACUCUAUGGCGGCGAUUACGGUGGUUUCCGAUGCACGGUGUGAGGAUUCCGGCGAAAGUAGGAAGAGGCCUUCGGUGGUUGACAAGGGCAAGAGAGGGUGCUACAAGAGAAAGAGGAAAUCGCAGUCAUGGACAGUGGAGUCCAACACACUUGAAGACUCUCAUGCUUGGAGAAAAUAUGGUCAGAAGGAGAUUCUUAAUGCCAAAUACCCAAGAAGCUACUUUAGGUGCAGAAACAAGUACACACAAGGGUGCAGGGCUGUGAAGCAAGCCCAAAAACUCGAACACCGCCCUGGAAUCUUCCAGAUCACAUACAUAGGAAACCACACGUGUAACCCUAACGAGGACAGCCCGGUGACGGCCAUGAUCGAACCUUCAGAGAUCGUAACGGAAUAUUCCGAAAACGCUUAUUGUGGGUCUUCUUCUGUCGUAAUCACAACUACUGCCGGUACCGACCAAAGUAGCAGCAAGGGCUGUAAUAACAAACAAGAAGACGACGACGACAGCAAGAUCAUUGGUAGUCAAGUGAAGGAGGAAGACACGAAUGGCAACCAGUUUCAAGACUUGUCGUUGGUCUGGCAAGACUUCAUGGUUCUUGAUGAUGAACAUGGCGAGCUCAUGAAUCGUUAUGUGCAUGAUGACGACAUGGAUGAUUUCAUGGUGUUUGGAAGAAGUGAUUUCUCAUUUGGAGACACCGAUCAGGUUUCCUUCUCCUCCGAUGCAUAUUGCGUAUAGGCAAAUUGAAAUAAAAAAAAAAUUAGAAACUAAUUAUAUGGAUCGAAAAAUUGUAAAAUUAAAUGUUUCAAGAACGUUAAUUAACGUUUUACUGAGCAAUGAUGAUGAUGGUACUGCGUCGUAA